AUGGCAGAGACAGCUAUUACAGAAGGUGCUGUGCCGGUUGCAAAAUGGACAAUCAAAAAACUUUGGCAACAGUUGGGUUAUAUGUUUUGUUACAAAAGCAACAUUGGGGAUCUCAACGAGCAGGUUCAGCAGCUGCGACACAAAAAAGAUGGAAUAGAGCUGGAGGAGAAAAGUGCAAGAGAAGCUUCACAGAUUAUUGAUGGCCAAGUUAUUGAUUGGCUGGUCAAGGCAGACGAGCAAAUAAAAGAAAAGGAGACGACUUUCAGUGAAGAAACUGUAGCAGCAAGGGCGGCAUGCUGUAAUGGAUGGCUUCCAAAUUUGAAGGGCCGUUUUUCUCUGGGAAGGAAUGCUAAGAAGAUGACUGAGAAGGUUGAUCAGCUCCUUACUAAAGAUAUCGGGAUUAUAGCGCAUCCUGCUCCUCACCCAGAAGUGGAAUUUCAACCCACAGAGGACUCUACUCAGCUGGGAACCAACUUCCAUGAAGGUGCCAGCUCCUCAGGAACAUCAAACCAUGAACAUCCACCUGCAUCUGAGAGGAAGAAUAUUGAUUUUGAUUCGAGAAGAUCAACCAUUGAAGAUGUGAUGGAAGCUCUCAGGGGGAAUCAAAUCAAUCCGAUUAUCAUAUGCGGCUUGGGCGGCAUGGGCAAAACAACAUUGAUGGGGCAAGUGCAUCACAGAGCAAAGAAAGAGGGUCUGUUCGAUGAGUAUACAGAGGCAACCUUUAAGGAAUCUCUUGACAAAGAUGCUGAGGUGAUUCGGAUUCAAGGUGAACUUGCAGAAUAUCUAGGCAAGAAGCUCCUGGAGGACGAAAAAGAGAGAGGUCCAAGAGCAAGCAAGCUACGUGAAAGAUUAGGCAGAAAGAAGAUCCUUGUAAUGUUAGACAAUGUUUGGACAACAACCCCCGACUUUUUGUGGGACAUAGGGAUUCCCACUGGUUGCAAACUUCUGGUAACAUCAAGACAACAAGACCUUUUCAAGGACAUGGACACAGGAAAGAUUUUCCCGAUUCAUGGUUUGCCGGAAGGAGAUGCCUGGAGUCUGUUCAAGAAGACAGCAGGAAGUUCCAUCGAAUCUGAUCCCGAGUUACAUCUUGUAGCAGAAAAGGUUCUGAAGGAAUGUGGUGGGUUGCCAAUUGCAAUUUCGACGGUUGGAACGGCACUAAAUGGUCAAAGCAUUGGAAUUUGGACGAAUGCACUGAGGGAACUAGAAAAGGCUAGACCGAAGAACGUUGCGGGAGUGAUAGAACAUGUGUAUGGGCCAAUAAAGUUCAGCUAUGAAUGUUUAUCAAGUGAUGAAGCCAAGUCAUGUUUUCUGCUGUGUUGCAUAUUUGAAGAAAGCGCCGAUAUAGUGAUUGAAGAUUUGGUGAGAUAUGGGCUUGGGCUUGGGCUCUUUGAAGACAUUGAUUCAAUGGUUGAAGGGAGAAACCGUGUGGAAACCUUGGUUCAGACACUCAAAAGUCGCUUUCUAUUGUUAGAUAGCGAUGAAAAAGAGUAUGUGAGAAUGCAUGAUGUGGUGCGUGAUGUUGCCAUACAUAUAGCCUCUGAAGAGUUUGUAGAAAAGAAAAGUGAUGGGGUUGAAAAGAGAAUAGUUGUGAGAGACAAAGCAGCAACUGUGAAGUUGAUGGAUUGGCCUCAGGAUAGUGAUUCUGAGAAAUCUACUUAUUGCAGUUCUCUGAGUAUCAUUGGCAGGGGUCUCGUGAAGCUUCAAACACUAGAGAUAGACAACUGCGAGAAGCUUGAAGAGAUAAUAGAAGCACCAGCAGAGGGUGAAGAAACAGAGGAUGACAACAUGUUCCCUCAGCUAUGUACUUUGAAACUUACAGAACUACCAAAUCUCGUAAGCUUUUCUCGAGGCAGAUAUAAUUUCAAAUGGCCACUAGUGGAAGACAUACAAAUUUUUGAGUGCCGCAAUAUGAACAAGUUUUGUUUAGGAUUCCUCAGCACAUCAAAGUAUGUGGAAAUAGAAGUUUACGGUGCUGGUGUGAGUGUUUUGGAGGAUCUCAAUAACUGUUUAACAGUAGACACAGAAUCUGAUUGA